AUGCCAAAGAUUCGCACGCUCGGCAAGAAUAAGAAGCCGCCUGAGGGCUGGGAGCUGCUCGAGCCGACGCUUAUCGAGCUGAACAGAAAAAUGCGCGAAGCGGAGAUGGAACCUCACGAGGGCAAGCGCAAAUGCGAGUCGAGUUGGCCGCUCUUCAAGCUGCACCACCAGCGCUCAAGAUACAUCUAUGACUGCUACUACAAGCGCAAGGCAAUCUCGAAGGAACUGUACGAGUAUUGCCUGCGCGAGGGGUACGCAGAUGCGAAGCUGAUUGCAAAGUGGAAGAAGCCGGGCUACGAGAAGCUCUGCUGCCUGCGCUGCAUCCAAGCGUCAGACCAGAACUUCUCCACGACCUGCAUCUGCCGCGUCCCCAAAAACAGUCUGUCCGACACGCAACAGAACAUCCAGUGCGUCCACUGCGGCUGCCGAGGCUGCGCCAGUGGAGAUUAA